AUGGACGCUUUUGACAAGUUGAGAGCGGCGUCCAACGCCCAGCAAAUUCCUGCUGGCUUCAAUGCUGAAGACACAACAAACAUCGAGGAGAUAGAGAUGCAGUUCGCUGUCAAGGCCGUUGAGCAUAUGGAAACGUACUGGUCGCUACUGGAGAAGAUAAAAGGCUCAAGCCUGCGCAUGACAAAGCUGGACGACGAGAUCUACGAGCAUCUGAAGACAGAUUUCCCCGAGCUAGACGUUUCCAAGACAAUAGAUGAGGACGAGAUGAAGAGCAAGAGAGGAAAGGAGCGGUGGCGCAACUUCAUGAUGCAGUACGAGAAAAAGGUCAAGGACUUCAACUUCGGUACCAUGCUGCGAGCCGAUUCGAAGACCGAGUACACACAGGAGGGGACGAUCUUUGUGCCUCGCAUGCAGUUCUAUGCCAUUGAGAUCGCGCGCAACAAGGAAGGAUUGAACGACUGGAUAUUCGAGGAGGCGCAGAAGGAGAAAGAGGCAAAAUCGUCGUGA